AUGGCUGCAGCUACGGACAGAGGAGCCGAGUCAGACUCUGAGGAGGCUUCCCGUGAAGACGAGGAGGAUAAAGAGGAGGAAGACGAGGAGGAAGACGAGGAGGAAGAUUCUGAGGAAGAGGAGAAGGAAGGCGAGGAGCAGAGCGACAAAGAAGGAAAGGCCAACGAUGUGAAGGAUCCCGACGAAGAUAGUUCUGAGGACUCCUCGCAACAGGCAAAGGUCAAGAAGGAGGAGGCACGAGUUCGGUUGGUGCCAGCUGGCAAAGCCCGCUCGCCAUCCUCAGACAAGAAGGACCGCAGCAAGCAAUCCAAGUCCAGGAAGAAGGACCGGUCUGCCAGCAAACGGAAGAGGCGCGCUUCCAGCUCUCCAAGUCGCAAGCGCAAGUCGCCUAAGCGUCCAAGCCGGGCACGUCCCGUGAAACGGGACCGCUCGCGGUCCAAGUCGAGGAACAAGAAGGACCGUGGCAGGCGGUCCAAGUCACGGAAGAAGGACCGGUCUGCCAGCAAACGGAAGAGGCGCGCUUCCAGCUCUCCAAGUCGCAAGCGCAAGUCGCCUAAGCGUCCAAGCCGGGCACGUCCCGUGAAACGGGACCGCUCGCGGUCCAAGUCGAGGAACAAGAAGGCCUUUCGCGCAGAGGACCGCAACAGAUCCAGAUCUAGGAAGAAGGAAAGGUCUUCCAAUCGACGGAAAAGGCAUUCCUCCAGCUCUCAGAACCGCAGGAGGAGCCGUUCCAAGACCAAGGCUGCAAAUAACAAGGCUGCGGACGAUGUCCAGGCCAAAUCCAAGUCGGCUGCUGAAGCUCAGAAAGAGGGCUCUGCGAAGUCGGCUGUUCAGACACCGGCCUUGUCUGCCGCGGAAGAGCUGCGGCAGGCAUUGUUUGGGAACGCGAAGCCGGCACCAACGGCAGAAACGGCAGCCCCAAAGCCGGCACCGGCUCCGAAGAUCUCCUUCGGCUUGCCAAAGAAGCCACAGGUGAUGGAUUGGAGACGGCGUUCGGCUCCCGAGACGAAGCCUUUGCAGCAGAAUACUGGCAUGGUGGCUGUUCCCGGCACGGAGUACGCUUUCCGUGCACAUGCAGGUGAGCUAGCUGCAGCUGUCGCUGCUGCUCAAGCCCUGCACAAUCCUCGCAAUCGGGAGAUUUCGCGGAAGAUUGCCACCCUCCUGGAGCAGUGCCCCCCGAUGACAGACGAAGCAUUGACUGCCUUACGAGCGCUGCCAUCCGACCAGGUUGUGCAGGUACUGCAAACCCUGGCGAGCAAGCGGAGUGAGAUCUCUGAUCCAUCCGUGUGGGUCAAUCAUGUCGUGAACCGGCUGGCAGUGGCCGCCUUCAACACUGCACAGGGAGUGCCCCUGCCAUCAACGAUGGUGACAGAGAUGCUGAACAGGCAUCUGCCAAAGUUGGCCACUGCUGCCAAGUCAUUGCUGUUGCAGAUUCCGGAGGUGGAUGCCAUCAAGAUUAUACAGGACCACCUGACCUAUCGCGGCGAUGCCUCGGACUCCAUAUUCCAAGCGGCAACGACACACCUGCAGCAAGGGAUUGCGGCCUCCGCUUGCAGCACGGUGUACCCCAUGACCAUGGAUGCUUUCAGCAUGGGUGGCAUGGGCUGCGGAAUGAUGCCCAUGGCAAUGCCGGGCUGCUUUGGUGCCAUGAUGCCUGGGCAGAUGGCGCCUAUGGCAGGAUGCGGUAUGAUGGGCUGCGCCUGGGGAGGUGCCAUGCCGUGUGCGACCAAUGGCACCACGGAAGCGACUGGCACAACGGCUCCUACAGCACCGGCAGCUGCUACAACACCAACGGCACCAGCUAUCGAGGACACCGCCGAUGCGGCACCUGCCACUGAGGAAGCUUCGGCAUUUGCACAGCCCACUCCUGUGGAUGCUACUGCUACAACUGCCGCGGGCGAGGAGGGCGAGGACAACUUGCCGCAUGAGUUUGUGAGCUCACUUGCGGGUGUGGCGCCUUUGAAGCAGGAGCAGCCAGGCGAAGGGUGUUAA